AUGGCGACAUCACCUACGAUAGAGAAGGUCAGGCAACCAGGGGAGGAGGAGGACAGUAGUGAGGAAGAGGUGGAAUGGGUGGUGAACGGAGAGGAGGAAGAGGAAGCUAAGGCGACCCUAGGAGUGGUGGGCCGUUUGUGGACUGAGAGGAAUAUUAACGCGAAUGCCCUAAUCGCAACAAUGCGAAGAAUCUGGAACCCUAAACAUGGCUUUGAAGCAAAUUGUAUUGAGAAGAACACCUUCUUUUUCCAGUUUCAUCACUGGAAGGAUAAGGAACAAGUGAUGGAGGCUCAACCAUGGCACUUUGAACGUCAUACCCUAGCCCUAAGCGAUGUCAAUGGGGAGGUAAAACCAUCUGAACUACCUCUCCACAACACCCCGUUUUGGGUCAGAAUAUAUGAUCUCCCUCUGGUAGGACGUACCAAUGAUGCGAACGCCAGGGUAAUUGGGAACAAGGUAGGGUCUUUUAUCAAGGCAGAUAAGUCUGAUGUUAUAGGGAUAAACAAAUCUCUUAGAGUUCGCUCGAUGAUUGACCUACGUAAACCCUUGAAGAAGGAAGUCACGCUGAAAAUGAGAGGUGGUGAAACAGAGAGCUUCCCUGUGAAAUAUGAGAAAUUGCCACUUUUUUGCUACGUAUGUGGCAAACUGGGACAUGGCGAGAAAGAUUGUGAGGAGGCAAUGAACGUGACAAACCCCAAAAGACUGUAUAGUGACAAACUGCGGGCAUCCCCUUGGCAAGUUAACAAAGGAGACCAUGGAGAAGAGGUAGAGGAGAAUAUCACAUGCGCACGCAAACUGUUUGUAACAAAGCAAAAACAGCUCGCGAGGAGGGAUGGAAAAGGUGAGGAAGAAGUGCGUGAAGUGGUGCAGCAACUGGCGGGAGUAACACUCUCCUUGGGUGGUAGGGCUACAGUGGUGGAAGACAAGAAUGAGGGGAGGGAAAGACAUGAAUCACAGAAUGCAAACCAUACAAAGCCAUCAGAGAACCCCCGAGCAGAACAAGGGGAGUGUCAGGUAGCCUUUGUGAUAGGCAGCAGCACAAAAGGAGAGCGCAAGCUAAGGAAGGUGAACAAAGUGUGUAGAAGGAGGGGGGAGAAGGGUGAGGAUAGUAUGGUGUGCGGGAAACGGAAGGAUCAAAUGGAGAUUGAUGGAGAGGAGAUUGAGGAGGGGAGUGAGGGAGUGAAAAAAUCAAGGGCUUUAAUUUUCUCAGAGGACACCACGUCCUUGUGCAAAGUAGCGGAGGUUGCAAGCCAACCCCGCGAAUAUCAAUGA